AUGUCUAACAGCACCGACACCGGAGCUGGCUCUGCCCAGGCCUACUCCGGCUAUGGCUUGGAGUCCUUUCUCGCGUCCCUCGCCGUCUCCGUUGCGGUUGCCGGCGUCCAGCUAGGCCUGUUCAUCCUCCUCAGGAACAAGCUUGCUAGGAUCUAUAAACCAAAAACCUUUCUGGUCCCAGAACGAGAGAGGACCGAUCCCCCGCCUUCAUCGCCAUGGGCACUCAUCACCGGCCUGAUGAAGGUACCCGACCGAGAGAUCAUCAAAAAAUGCGGCCUAGACGCGUAUUUCUUCCUGCGAUAUCUGAAGACGCUUCUCGUCAUCUUCGUGCCUCUGACAUGCAUCAUCCUGCCCAUCCUCCUCCCGGUCAAUUUCGUCGACGGCAGAGGCUCAAAUCUCUGGACCAACACCACAACAAGCGACGAUUCUGUGGUCGGGCUGAGCGUACUUGCAUGGGGCAAUGUCAAGACCGAAAACUACGAGCGCUACUGGGCACACCUCAUACUCGCCCUCGCCGUCAUCAUAUGGGUCUGCUACGUCGUCUUUGCGGAGAUGAGAGUAUUCGUGCGGGUGCGCCAGGACUGGCUCACCAGUGCCGAGCACCGGCUCCGAGCCUCAGCCAAUACCGUCCUGGUCUCCUCCAUCCCGAAAAAAUGGCUUAGUGAAGAGGCUCUGCGGGGACUGUUCGACGUGUUUCCCGGAGGUAUUAAGAACAUCUGGCUCACGCAGGACUUUACCCCGCUGCUGGACAAGAUCAAGAAGAGGAAUAAGAUUCACAAACAACUUGAAUCUGCCGAGAGCGAUUUGAUUCGGGAUUGCAAGAAGCGGCAGCUGGAGCAGCGUGAAAAGGACGAGAAGGAGGCACGCAAGCAGCAGCGCACCAAGAAACCGACCAAGAAGGAGAGAGUCCAGAGGCAGAAAGACGAAGACCAGGAAGCCCGGCGCAGGGCUCAGGUCGAGGAUGGACUUACCAUGGGUGAGAACGGCGAGGAUGUUGCAGAGGCUCAGGCGGCUGAGAAUGCCAUUGCUCACCCUGAAGAGCAAACCCAUGGCGGCCAGUUGAAUCCCCUCAACGCUGUUGGCAAGGUUUUCAAGACCGGCGCCAAUGUGGUCGAGCGGGCUGGGCUGGGGGUCAGGGGCGGCUUGUCCACCGUGAGCCAGGGUAUCGACAGUCAGCUGGAGAGAAGUGGCGGUUUUGUUGCGACCACUGGACGUCCCUCGAUGAGGCCAUCAGAAUACAACACGUCAAAGAGUUCGGAUCAGCAGGAGCUGACUACCAACCACCACAUCAACACAACGCGCAAUAUCGAGAACAUCGACGACAUGUACGUCAAGGAGUCCACAAGAUGGUAUCAGUUUUGGAAGCCUCCGUCGGGAGGGUACACCUCGCCUGUUCCUCAAGGAGCCAGGUAUGAGAAGGAUCCAUUCGACCUGGAGAAGUCUUUAUGGACAAAAAUCAAGCACUAUAUACCAUUCAUGGGUGACGACGAGGUGCCUGUGGAGUAUCCUCAGUAUGUCAAUCCUGGGCAAACCGAGGUGUACCAGGAGCAGCCUACUCCUGAAUGGGAAAAAUGGAUCAAAGCCAAGGACCGACCGCAUCACCGCCUGCCUUUCUUCGACUUUACCCCUUCCUGGCUUCCCGGCCUGCCAUUCAUCCACAAGAAGGUUGACACGAUUUAUUGGUGCCGGCAGGAGCUUGCUCGACUGAAUGUUGAGAUCGAGGAGGAUCAGAAGAACCCGGAGCGUUUUCCCAAGAUGACGUCUGCGUUUAUUCAGUUCAACAAUCAGUCGGCAGCGCACAUGGCUUGUCAGAGUCUCAUACAUCAUGUACCCAAACACAUGGCUCCUCGGGUGGUGGAAAUCAGCCCAGAGGACGUCAUAUGGGACAAUAUGGCAAUGAGCUGGUGGAUGCAAUGGAGCCGAGUCAUUCUGGCCUGUGGCUUUGUCUUCGGAAUGGUCAUUCUCUGGGGUUUUCCUGUGGCGUUCUCGGCGUCUCUCUCUGAAAUCGACUCCCUGAUACAGAAAUACUCAUGGCUCGGAUUUCUGAAAGAGAAUGCUUCCGUCUACAAAUUCGUCAAGUUAGCCGCAGCUGUGUUGCCUCAAGCAUUCCUCGCUCUCAUCCUGGCGUUGGUCCCGAUCGUUUUGAGCAUGAUCGCGGAGUUCCAGGGUGUGAAAACAGGAGCUUCCAGAUCGGAAUGGGUCCAGAUCUACUAUUUCUUCUUCCUAUUUGUUGAAGUUUUCUUGGUCGUCUCCAUCACCUCUGGCGCGCUUCAGACCAUCGCGAACAUUGCACAAGACAUCGAGGGCCUUCCGACUCUCUUGGCUGAAAACCUCCCCGAUGCUUCGAACUACUUCUUCUCCUACUUGCUGCUGCAGGGUGCAUCCGUGAGCUCCGGAACACUGCUGCAGGUCUCGUCUUUGGCCAUGUGGUAUGUGCUGUCAAGGAUCCUCGACAGCACUGCAAGAGCGAAAUUCAUUCGCCAGACCUCACUUCCUAAGGUGAAAUGGGGUUCAUUCUUUCCGGUCUACACCAAUUUCGCCUGCAUAGCUCUUGUGUUCUCCGUCAUCGCCCCGAUCAUGAGCAUUUUCGCCGUCAUCAACUUCAGCCUCCUGUGGUGUGCGCACCGAUACAACAUGCUCUAUGUGACACGGUUUAAGACAGACACUGGGGGCAAGCUGUACCCCAGAGCCCUGAACCAGAUGUUCACAGGACUUUACGUCAUGGAGCUGUGUCUGAUCGGACUUUUCUUUCUGGUCCAGGCGGACGAUGGGACGUACCUCUGCUACAAACAAGGGAUCAUCAUGAUUGUGGCGAUAAUUCUCACAGCCUUAUAUCAGAUCAUGUUGAACAGGGAGUUCGGCCCGCUUCUGAGCUAUCUACCAAUCACCUUCGAGGACGAGGCUGUUCUUCGGGACGUGGCCUUCGAGGUUGAACGUCAGAUCAAGGAGAACAAGCUCCGUGACGAUGACGAGGAGUCGUCCGCCGGAGAGAAGAUUGAGGCAAACGCGAGCAGGCCACACAGCGCUACGAGUAAUGACGACGGCCAAUACGAGCUGGAUGAUCUCGACAAACAAGAGAAGCAGAGCUCGGCGAAGAAGCAUCACAAGAAAUCAUCCUCGGGCGGGAUGAGCAUAAUCAAGCAUUCCAGGACUUGGGUUGCGGGCACCGGCAACGCCGUGCUGGAUAGUACCUACGGCUCUGCCGAGCGCAAAGUCAAGCAGAUGGCACAGAAGCGCCACAAGAAAUUUGUGCGUGACCUGGAGAACCAGCGUGCGAUAGGAGAUGCCUUGUUCGGUGAUUACGCCGACGAGAUUGAGGAUCUGAAUCCUGCAGACCGCGACGAGAAGAUCCGCAAGGCGUUUACGCACUCGGCCCUGCGGGCUCGGAGGCCCGUGGUCUGGAUUCCACGCGACGACAUUGGCGUGUCGGACGACGAGGUCCGUCGCACAAACGACUAUAGCAAUCACAUCCGCAUCAGCAACGAGGGCACGGCAUUGGACUCGAAAGUUCGCGUGCUGUAUGGGCAAGCACCGCCGGAUUUCUCAGAAGAGGACCUUAUCCAGCUCUGAGUAUCAUGCUACUUAUCAGCAUUGUCCCCCUAUAUAGAAGAAGAAGAAAAGGAAGAAAAAAAGACUUGGUCAAAGUACCAAAAUCGGCAUUGGCAUUUAUAUACCCCUUCAGAAGUAAUGAAGAGGGUCGGUCUGGAGUUUGUUUGGUUUUCCGACAGGUACGGAGACCUCGCAUGGGGGAAGAAGAGGAUAAAAUUGCAUAGCAUCAUGGAGUUAGCGCAGACAGUAGUCUGGAAACAUUGAUAAAUACUCUAUAUUUCAUCUCAUUUCUUUGCCUC